AGUGACGCUCUCAAGUCGUCCAAGAUCGGAGGGUAGCACUGAGUAGCUGGUAAUCCACCAUCUGAUCUUUUUUUGUCGACCGGAAGUCGUAGAAUGGUAGGAGGACGAAUCAGGAUCCAUUAUAUUGUGUAAGUAUGGCUUUCCAGAUGGGCUUGACGAAGUACGGAUAUCGUUCCCUGCUUGUGAGCUGGCGGUUUUCCCUAGCAGGUCCGUAUACUCUUAGCAUAGCAAAUCACCCCUAACCGCCCACGUUGUCGAACGUGGGCUUUUAUCCGCUGGCAUGUCUUCCCUCACAUACCCAACAACCUUUGAGGUUAAAAAGGUGAUGAGUAUCAGAAUGCCCUGUAUAUAAAAGCGUCCAUCAUCCCGAAGGCUAUUGUGCACGCGACUUUGAAGACAAUCAACGCAAUGAGAUUCUUAUCGACCUUGACCGUCUUGGCUCUUGUUGGUCUUGGGUUCACAAACGCCAAUGAAUAUACACGUCUCGAUAAGAAGAAUGCAGUGCUCCUUGUAGUCGAUCAUCAAGUUGGACUUUUCCAGCUUGUGAGGGACUACCCGCCGGAUCAAUUCAAAAACAGCAUCCUUGCCCAUGCGGCCAUUGGAAAAGCUUUUCAGCUGCCGACUAUUUUGACGACGAGUGCCGAGCAAGGUCCAAACGGACCCCUGCCGAAGGAGAUCAUCCAGAUGCAUCCCAAUGCUGCGUACAUCAAACGCAACGGCGAAGUCAAUGCAUGGGACAAUGCUGACUUCCGAGCAGCCGUUGAAGCAACGGGAAAAAAGCAUGUCAUCCUGGCUGGAAUUACCACAGACGUUUGCACCGCCUUUUUGGCCCUUUCCUUAAGGAGCGCUGGUUAUGAAGUAUGGGCCAAUACGGAUGCGUCGGGAACAUUCGACCAACGCACAGCCGAUGAUGCAAACGAUCGCAUGCGUGCUGCGGGUGUAACUACGGCGGGAAUGUUCGCCAUUGUCAUGGAUUUGAUGCGAGACUGGAGAAACACUCCUGGAGCUGCCGAACUGUUGCCAUUUUUUGACCGAUACUUGACUGCGUAUGGCUAUUUAGCCCGUGGUCAUGCGGCGGCGGUUACCAAUGGAACACUCCAACCGUCGGAGAGUAAUUUGCUGUAGUUCAGGGCACCGUGAGGGGAUGGCAAGCUCUAGUUCCGUAGCAUCCAUCUUCACCCAUAACAUUGGCAGUGUACAAUAACAAUCCGUUACAGCCCCA